AUGCAUGGGAGAGUUAAAGUUAUUCAAACAGCUGAACAGGAGCGUGCUAGACUGCUAAAAAUGCAACAGAUCAGUAAACAGUUUCAUGAUGGUUGUGAAAAGCUGUGGGCCUGUCGUGAAAAUGGUGAUUACAAUGAGAUACAUUUAAGGGAGAUUGCUACUCUGGUUGAAACAUCUGCAGAUACAACUACAUUGUGGAAUUAUAGACGCGAAAUUUUGAUGCACCUCAUGGUAAAGUAUUCUGACGAUACAGAAAAGGUGUCAAAAUUGAUGGAAGCUGAGUUAGACUUAACAACUCGUUGUCUUUACAAUUCACCGAAGUCCUAUGCCGUCUGGCACCAUCGCUCUUGGGUUAUGAAUAAUCAUACAGCCCCUAAUUGGGAAUCUGAAGUUAAGUUUUGCAACAUGGCUUUAAAGUUGGAUGAAAGAAAUUUCCAUUGCUGGGACUAUCGUCGUUUCGUUGUUUCUAAGGGAGGUAUUCCCAUUGAAUUAGAGCGUGAAUUUACCGAUGCUGCAAUAGAAAGGAACAUGAGUAAUUAUUCGGCCUGGCAUUAUCGGGGUGAGCUUCUUACUUGUUCGUCAAACACUUCUUGUGUUUCACCACGUUUAAGUCCUCCGCCUGAUAUUGAAAUUGACAGAGGAUGUUGUCGACCGCUGUUAGACUUCUCAGUACCAAGUGAGGAGUUGGAUCUUGUACACAAUGCAAUAUAUACGGAUCCUGCCGACCAGAGUCCUUGGUUUUAUUACUGGUGGUUACUGGGUCGUGGGGAAAGGAAAGUUUACCUGAGGGAGUUGUAUAUUUCACGGCAGAUGGAGAGAUUUGUCCUCGUAUUUAGCUCCCCAAAACUGAUUCGAGCCUUGAAGAAGUUGCAAGUUUCCAUAAAAGUGUUUCCUUAUGGCGGUACUAUUUCAGAUGCUGUAACUUUAACACCUGAGCUUCUUGGUGGAUGGAAUUCAGUUUUAGAUGAUUUGUCAGCCGUUUGGUGGUUACCGAUUAGUCAAGACUUAGUGUUUCGAUACGCGCCUGAAAGUGAUAAGCAUCUGUACCAAUCACGUCCCUGGAAUGUUGUGGCGCAAGUAUGCAUUCCGAAGAGAAAUGAAGGAUGUCAUGAAUCGUGUGAAAACAAGUGUGGUUAUACCGGUGAAUAUUCUGUUUUACAAUGCUGCAUGGAUUCUCAUCAAAGUGAAUCUCUGACCCGUGUUGCUCUGGAUCCAUUGAGGCUAUUAAAUCCAAUGAUUCUGCCUAUACAUGAUCCAAACGAUUUGAUAGGAGAACUUGAUACUGUCCGCGAUUUAGUCCUACUUCGAUUUGUUAGACCACAGGGUUUUAAAGAAGAAGUGAAUGAAUCGUUGAAUAAAUUAGUAUCUGUUGAUCCACAGCGUUCUUUUUAUUAUGAACACCUACGAUCUUUUUAUGCUGCACUAGAUGUUCUUGCUAAUGUUUAUGAAAAUCAGUCAAGAGAAGUUGUCCUUCACAAUGUCGAUAUGAGCUGUUUUCAUAGUCUUGAUUGGUAUACAUUAAUGACAAGAAUUGAUUUUUCCAAUAAUUCAAUCCUACGAAUCCCGGAUACUUUUGCCUACCUUAUAUGCCUUUUGGAGUUAAAUUUAGACGAUAAUCAAUUAAUGAGUCUUGAUGGGAUUUCUCGUCUUCCGUCUCUAUCUAGUCUUUCUGUUCAACGCAAUCGAUUGUAUGAUUUCAAGUCAAUUGAAGACUUAUUUAAUUGUCCUCGUCUGCGUAUAGUGUAUAUCAGUGGGAAUGAAGUAGUCAAGUUAUCCAAUUUGACUGAAUUACUAUCACAACAUCCAGGAUUUCAAAGACAAGGAUAUUCAUUUUCUUUAGUAUACGAUAAAACAGUUCACUCUUAA